GUAGAACACUACCAAAAACUACAUACAAAACUAUCGUUUAAUCAUUUUUAAAAUCAUCACACACUAGUGAUAAAUUGAUAGUCAUUCUCAGAUGGGGACGAUGGAGGCGGAGAUACGAUCACCGGCGCCGGUGACUGUAAAGCCAAAUCCGAGCAAAGGAGUAACUUCAAAAGCAGUUGAUUGGCUUGAAAAACUUAUUGUAAAGUUAAUGUAUGAUUCUUCACAGCCUCAUCACUGGCUUUUUGGUAAUUUCGCUCCUGUUGAUGAAACUCCGCCCUGUACUGAUCUUCCUGUUAUCGGUCACCUUCCGGAGUGCCUGAAUGGCGAGUUUGUUAGAGUUGGUCCGAAUCCGAAGUUUGCCCCUGUAGCUGGCUAUCACUGGUUUGAUGGAGACGGUAUGAUCCAUGGCCUCCGCAUCAAAGAUGGAAAAGCAACUUAUCUCUCUCGUUAUGUGAAGACAUCUCGUUUGGCACAAGAGGAAUAUUUUGGAGGAGCCAAGUUUAUGAAGAUAGGAGAUCUUAAAGGAUUUUUUGGAUUAGUGAUGGUCCACAUGCAAAUGCUUCGCGCAAAAUUGAAAGUGCUUGAUCUUUCUUAUGGCCAGGGCACGGGAAACACGGCACUCGUUUAUCACGAUGGAAAGCUCUUGGCAUUAUCAGAAGGAGAUAAACCAUAUGCUAUUAAGGUUUUGGAGGAUGGUGACCUGCAAACUCUUGGCUUGAUGGAUUAUGAUAAGAGGCUUUCUCACUCUUUCACUGCUCAUCCAAAAGUUGAUCCAGUCACUGGUGAGAUGUUUGCCUUUGGAUAUGGACAAGCACCACCAUAUGUCACGUAUCGGGUGAUUUCAAAGGAUGGUGCAAUGAAUGAUCCUGUGCCAAUAACGAUACCAGAACCAAUAAUGAUGCAUGAUUUUGCAAUUACUGAGAAUUAUGCAAUCUUCAUGGAUCUACCUUUGUACUUUAGACCUAAAGAAAUGGUGAAAGAGAAAAAGUUGAUUUUCACAUUUGAUGCAACAAAGAAAGCUCGAUUUGGUAUCCUUCCACGGUAUGCAAAGAAUGAAUCCCAGAUUAAAUGGUUUGAACUUCCAAAUUGCUUCAUAUUUCACAAUGCCAAUGCAUGGGAAGAAGGAGAUGAAGUUGUUCUGAUCACAUGCCGCCUUCAGAAUCCAAAUUUGGACAUGGUUGGUGGAGGUGUUAAAGAAAAGCUUGAAAAUUUUGCCAAUGAGCUGUAUGAAAUGAGAUUCAACAUGGAAAAUGGUCUUGCUUCCCAGAAGAAGUUAUCAGAGUCUGCUGUUGAUUUUCCCAGGGUCAAUGAGUCUUACACUGGCAGGAAACAACGAUUUGUGUACGGGACUAGGCUUGACAGCAUUGCAAAGGUCACUGGAAUCGUUAAAUUUGAUUUACAUGCGGAACCUGAGGUUGGAAAAACAAAACUUGAGAUUGGUGGAAACGUUCAAGGCAUAUACGAUCUUGGGCCAGGUAGAUUUGGUUCAGAGGCAAUUUUUGUUCCUCGAGUGCCUGGAGUCGAUUCUGAAGAAGAUGAUGGCUACUUGAUCUUCUUUACUCAUGAUGAGAGCACAGGAAAAUCAUCAGUAACAGUUAUAGAUGCAAAAACAAUGUCUCCUGAUCCAGUUGCAGUUGUUCAAUUGCCCCAUAGAGUUCCAUAUGGUUUCCAUGCUUUCUUUGUGACAGAGGAGCAAAUUCAGGAACAGGCAAAUUUCUGAGGCCUUAGAAGGUCAAAACACAUUCAGGGGUGUAUGGAAAGUUACAUGUAGUACAUAGCUUCUACUUCAAGUUCGUAUCUGGCAUCAAUACACUUUUUAUACGCAUUGUUGGUAUAUCAUAAUAUGAAUCCAGUGUACAGACAUCGAUACUCUAUAUGUGAUAUACAGUUCCUACCGUGGCAUUUAUAUCUA